AUGUUGUUGCAAAACUCCGGCGCACGCGGAUUUGCUCGGCUUCGCUCGUCGGCUAUGGUGGUGGUGGUCUUGCCGGAAUUUCGCUUUUGCCUUUUGCAACCAAGACAGCGCAAUACUGCGUGCCUUCUCGGCUUGCAAGCCUACAUACAGGCUAAGGAACUUUCUGGAGCUCCACGCUCAAGCGUACCGCAGUUUACUCUGCAUCGUCCUCUGCCGUCGAACCUUCCUAUAAGGGCAAGCGGAAUAUUGCCAAGGGUGAAGCGAAAACCUUUGCGACCCUGCCCGCGAAUCUGUUCGGUGGCCAGGAGCCCCGAUUACGUCAUCGGCGUGGGAUUACUUAAUUUUCCUUUCCGCGCUUCGCCAGCUGCGGCAGAGGAAGGGAGACGACAAACGUUGUGGCCAGGGACCACAAUUUUCGGCCAGAGCGUGACGAAGGCGUAGGAUCGGAGUAAACUCCUCCAGAAAUAAACAAAACCGGCAUUAGAUCCGGAGCGCAGAAUUAGUUAGGUUUUAUGCAACUGUAAAA